AUCCCAAGCGGAAGGUGGUGGUUGUGGGUGCCGAAGCUCGUUUGAAAGUGGGGGUCGGGCUAGGCCGCCGUUGUUUGUCGCCGUGGCCGCGCUUCCGGGCUAGGCCGCUCCUGCCCGCCCCUGCCCCGCCUCCCCUCGGACCCCGCGGUCUCGGUCCCGGCUCCCCGCCCGACUCGCUCCGCGCCCGCCGCAGCUCGCUGCCGCCCCGGACGGCCCUGCGGCCCCGGCGCCACCAUGUCCCUGCACGGCAAACGGAAGGAGAUCUACAAGUAUGAAGCGCCGUGGACCGUCUACGCCAUGAACUGGAGCGUGCGGCCUGACAAGCGCUUUCGCCUGGCGCUGGGCAGCUUCGUGGAGGAGUACAACAACAAGGUUCAGCUUGUUGGUUUGGACGAGGAGAGUUCUGAAUUUAUUUGCCGAAACACCUUUGACCAUCCAUACCCCACCACGAAGCUCAUGUGGAUCCCUGACACAAAAGGAGUCUACCCAGACCUGCUGGCGACGAGCGGUGACUAUCUCCGUGUGUGGAGGGUUGGUGAAACAGAGACAAGGCUGGAAUGUUUGCUAAAUAAUAACAAGAACUCAGAUUUCUGUGCCCCCCUGACUUCCUUUGACUGGAAUGAGGUGGAUCCUUAUCUUCUAGGUACCUCAAGCAUCGACACGACUUGCACCAUCUGGGGGCUGGAGACGGGGCAGGUGCUGGGGCGAGUGAAUCUUGUGUCGGGCCACGUGAAGACCCAGCUGAUCGCCCACGACAAGGAGGUCUAUGACAUUGCAUUUAGCCGGGCUGGAGGCGGCAGGGACAUGUUUGCCUCUGUGGGCGCCGAUGGCUCCGUCCGAAUGUUUGAUCUCCGCCACCUGGAGCACAGCACCAUCAUCUACGAGGACCCACAGCACCACCCCCUGCUUCGCCUCUGCUGGAACAAACAGGACCCUAACUACCUGGCCACCAUGGCCAUGGAUGGAAUGGAGGUGGUGAUUCUGGAUGUCCGAGUUCCCUGCACACCUGUCGCCAGGUUAAAUAACCACCGAGCUUGUGUCAAUGGCAUUGCUUGGGCCCCACAUUCCUCCUGCCAUAUCUGCACCGCAGCGGAUGACCAUCAGGCUCUCAUCUGGGACAUCCAGCAAAUGCCCCGAGCCAUCGAGGACCCGAUCCUGGCCUACACAGCUGAAGGAGAGAUCAACAACGUGCAGUGGGCGUCCACGCAGCCUGACUGGAUCGCCAUCUGCUACAACAACUGCCUGGAGAUACUCAGAGUGUAGUGCGGUGGCUCUUCCCCACAGGGCAGGGCCACUGUGUUCCCACCUCGGCCCCACUCCAAGUAAGAAGAAACACAUUUCCAGUGGCCAGUAUGUCUGUCCUUGCUUUGCACCCGCUGUUUCCAGAAGCUGCUCUGCGAGUGUCUGGCCAGCCACCCGACGUUCUCUGUGCCAGCCUCAGGGCCGUGUGGCAUCUCCUCAGCCCGGGGCUGAGUUUUAACAUUCUUCUCAGUUUUUUUUUCCGUUGUUUCCUCAAUUAAAUAUGUCUAUAUA